AUGCAGCAACUCACUGUUGUCGACAAUGACAGCAAGGACAGUGCAAAUGACUUUGUGGAUGAAGAUGUCGACCAUGUCCGCGAGGAUGUGCAGUCUAAGGCGUCCAAGGCAGUGUGGAUCCUGAUCGUCCUUACCAUCCUUUCCUCCACCUUCCUCUUUGCGCUCGACAAUACCAUUGUCGCCGACGUUCAGUCCCCCAUCGUGCAGCGCUUCGGGGAGGUCGGCAAGCUGGGCUGGCUGGGGGUGGCCUUUGUGCUCUCCAGCUCAGCGACUAUAAUUACCUGGGGAAAGAUGUAUGCCAUCUUCAGUGCCAAGUGGCUCUACCUGUCCUCGGUUGUUCUUUUCGAGGCGGGUAGUGCGCUUUGCGGUGCGGCCCCGAGUAUGAAUGCGUUUAUUGCGGGUCGUGCGAUUGCGGGUUUGGGGGGCGCAGGCAUGUACCUCGGCUGCUUGACUCUGCUGUCUCUCACCACCUCUGUUCGUCAACGACCCCAGUACAUUGCCCUGACAGGGAUCACGUGGGGGUCGGGAACUGUGCUAGGGCCGGUGGUUGGCGGUGCCUUCUCGCAAAACGCCCACACCACGUGGCGCUGGGCCUUCUACAUCAAUCUUUGCAUCGGAGGUGCCUUUGCACCAGUCUACAUCUUCCUCCUGCCACGAUGCGAUCCUCAGCCGGAAACCUCCAAAGUGCAGAAGCUGCUGCAGAUCGACUACCUUGGCAUGGUCCUCAAUAUUGGCGCCUUUACAGCCUUGAUCAUGGCCAUUAACUUCGGCGGCAACAUGUUCAGCUGGGGCGCAGCGAAGGAGAUUGCCCUAUGGGUUGUUGGUGGUCUCUUGCUGAUUUUAUUCAUCUUGCAGCAGAUAUUCACCAUCGGCACGACAGACUUAGAGCGCAUCUUCCCGGUUCAAUUUCUUCGUCACCCUCUCAUGUGGAUCUUGUUUUCUCUGAUGUGCGCUGCAUCCACCUGUGUCUUCGUGCCCACAUACUACAUCCCGCUGUACUUCCAGUUCGUACGCGGUGACUCGGCUUUGACUAGCGCAGUGAGACUGCUGCCAUUUAUUAUUCUGAUGGUGACCUUUGGCUUCCUCAAUGGUGGUCUGAUGACCAAGCUAGGUUACUACGUGCCCUGGUAUAUGGCAGGCGGUCUCCUGGCGACCAUCGGGGGUGCCCUGAUGAGCACAGUCAAUGAGAACACUUUGAAUGCCCAUAUCUACGGCUAUUCGGCUCUCAUCGGAACUGGCGCGGGCAUGUUCAUCCAGGCCGGAUUUUCCGUGGCCCAAGCCAAGGUCUCUCCUGCACGAGCAGCAGACGCAACAUCCUACAUGUCCUUGGCUCAGAAUAUGGGUAUCAUGCUUGCGCUUGCGAUCUCUGGCGCAGUGUUCCAAAACAAGGCCAUCGACGAGCUGCAAACGCUGCUACCGCACCUCACCCGGGUCGAACUGCGGGGUGCCCUCGCCGGCACAAACAGCGGCGUCCUCCAGCACCUUCCCGAUCAUACCCGUGCGCAGGUGCUCCACGCGAUUGUCGACGCCAUGUCGCGGACAUACUUCCUGGUCGUGACGGCCGGCGCAAUGGCGAUCAUCGGAUCGCUCUUCAUGAAGAGAGAACGUAUCUUUAUCCAGCCCUCAGCGCUGGCAUAG